AUGCAAUUUUAUCUUUUUUUACUAUUUUUCUUUUUUCAUUAUCAAUUUACUUUUAUUACAAUUGCUUAUUCUAUUAAUGAUUACAACGAUUUUAAUCAAAAUUAUUCUUCAAUUAACAUUGAUCUUUAUCAAUGUGAUACUAAUAAUAGAAAACUCAUUAGUACAACAACUACUAUUGGCACAAUAUUUAAUAACUUAGAAAAUUCAUGUACCAGCAGUUGUUGUAUACUGAAUAGUAUGAAUAAAACAAAUUCUUCAAAUACAUGUCAAGUAACUGUACGAUCUUCCACAAAUAUUUGUCUUGGUCAUCUCUGUUAUUCUGGUGAAUGUGAUCAUUUUGUAUUAUUGACCAACUUAACUGAUGAGAACGAAGUGAAGGAUAGUACAACAAUUAUGAAUACAUUUCGUUCGCCAUUAUCUUAUAUUCCUUGGUCUUCAUUAUUCAAUAAAACACAAACAAAAUGGUCUUCAUGGAUAGAUGAAAGUGGUUUAUCAAUACGGCAUACUAUUUUAAUUAUUUUAUUCAUUGCAAAUAUCUCUUUAACAUUUAUGACAUUAAUUGUAAUAAUUAAAUCAAUUCGACAUGCAAGCGCAAUAGCUAAUAGAAAAUCAUAUCGUUAUACACUGCUAUGA